AUGGCUACCCCCAGUGUCCUUACUUUUGAUGCUGAGGGCCGUGCUGCUGACUUUGAGGUCUGGGUCGAUGACCUCCAGCUGUUUCUCCAGUGCAAUAGGGCAGACGGACUCUCUCUGUUUGAUCUCACCUCUGGUGUCUCUCCUGCCCCGCCUGCCACUAGUGACAGCACUGUUCGCUCACAGUGGGCCACACACGAUGCUGCUACUCGCCUUGCUGUGCGUCGCCACUUACAGACCACUGAGCGUGCACACUUUAGCCAGUACAAGAGUGCUCAGACCUUGUACGACGAUGUAGUUGCACGCUACUCUUCCCCUGCCACUGCUGCACUGAGCCGCCUCAUGCUACCAUACCUCUUCCCUGACCUUGCUGCCUUUCCCACAGUCGCUGACCUCAUUACGCACCUCCGCACUAGUGACACUCGCUACCGCGCUGCGCUUCCUGCUGAGGACCACUUCCUCUCAGUUUGCCCCACCACUCUCACCGUUGACCUCCUCGAGAAGGGCCUCCUAGCAGCAGAGAAGAGCAUAGUCGCUGUAGGAGCCUCUCGUGGUGACCCUCGCACCCUCGUCUUUGAGGGGUAUUCUCCCUCCCCCCUCUUACCCUCUGUUGCCUCUGCUUUGCGGCCGACCUCGUUGGUUUCGAGUCAGUCGGCGCUGCGUCUACCCCUAGCGCAAGACGCCGCACCGGCAAGAGCAAGGGGAGCAAGGGCGCUGAAGGGGCUGGCGGGGGCGGUGGAGGUGGUGGUGGAGGCAGUGGAGGGGGUGGGGGUGGUGGUGGGAAUGGUGGCGGGGGUGGCGGCGGCAGCGGCAGCAGUGGAGGCGGAGGAGGCGGCGGUGGUGGCGGAGGGAGCAGAGGCAGCGGAGGUGGCGGAGGAGGCGGAGGUGGAGGAGGCGGCGGAGGCGGCGGUGGCAGCGGUGGCCAUGAUGGAGCAGGUCGCGACUCUGCGCAGAGGAGUGGCUCAGCGCGGUGGGGGUACUGGUCCCUACACUUACGUCCUCCGUACCAGCGACCGAGCUGGUGAGCAGUGCAGGGGCCCGCACUCCACCCAGCACUGCUUCGGUCGACUGACGGACGCGUGGCGUCGCCAGAUCCCUGAGGCGUCAGAGAUCCCUCGCUGGGGAGAUCUGUUUAGGGCGGGGGUGGCUAUCUUUGAUCUUGACUAUGAUGCUAUCCUUGCUGCCAUGUAUUUUGUGUCUACUAGUGUUGAGGGUGACUGUUACCUGCAUGUACCGCUUGACCCGGGCAUUGAGGCCACUGCUCUAGGUGCUGGUGAGGCUGCUGCCCUAGGUGCUAGUGCGUCUACUGCCCCAGGUGCUAGUGCGUCUGCUGCCCCAGGUGCUGGUGAGUCUGCUCUCUCAGGUACUAUAUCGGCUCAGGCCUUACACACCUUCACCCUUGACUUGGGUGCGUCACGCUCCUUCUUUCGAGAUUGUACCACUCCUCCGCCGCUUAGUCGGCCGGUUGCAGUCUCCUUGGCGGACCCCUCUCGGGGUCCUGUCCUUGCUAGCUUCUCUACUGUCUUACCGUGCUUGGCAGCCCCCUCUGGCACCCUGUCAGGUCUCUACCACCCCUCGUUCUCUACGAACUUGGUGAGUGGAGCGGAUCUAUAG